CGAGUAACAAACCACCUCGUUGUCAAUAGACAGGCCGGUUCCAAUACAAUCGCUACAAGAUUGAAAAAAAAUGGCGUCGCACCUACCUUCUCCACCGUCUUCACGUCCGAGCUCGCCUGACAGCAGCUCUAGCAGUCAACGCGAGCUUGUCGAAGCAGAGCCGCUAGAUCUUCAGACGGCUGCUGAACGACAACACCAAUCCACAGGCGAAGGAUCUCCCAAGGAACGCCUUUCAGAACGUCUAGACGCGCUUCUUGUAUCCUAUCUGACCAUUCUGGACACGUACACCAAUCUUCGGGCCCAACUCUCCAAGGACCUCUCGGGAGGAUUCUUCGCACUGGCGCAGGCGAAUCGGAAUGCGAAUUCUACCCUGGGCGUCGGGAGGAGGUAUGGCGAAGAAGGCUUUGAUGAGAGGAUGAAAGCUGGGAAAGUAGUCAAGAUCCGAGAAGCGGAAAAAGGAGUGCUAGGGAAGAGCUGCGUGGAGGAAGAACCAGAGGAAGUGGCAGGAGAUGCCGCGCAGAAGAGCGGGCGUAAGAUGAAGAAAGACAAGACUCCAGUGGAACAGGCAAUAUUGCACCAGGACAGGGAAGAUACGGAAACGCUCAAAGAUGAUACAGAAAGGGAUGUACUGCAGUCAGACACUACUGACUACACCUUCUCAGUCUCCCCAUCGUCGGCGUCGAACCUAUCCCAGGACCCCCUCAAAUGGUACGGCAUCCUCAUCCCUCCCACCCUACGAACGUGUCAAACCUACUUCGCUACGGCUGUAUCCUCCAUCAUCCCUGAAAUUGUGAACGUCGUAUCUGCAAUGCGGGGUCUGGAAGAAGAGAUAUGGGCUGCCCGAAGACAGUUGGGGAUUGUCGGGGACUACGAAAGUCCAAAUGUCGAUGAGCUUCAAAGCAAGGAUGAUGGCAACAUUGAAAGCGAAACAACAGCGUCCAAGACAGCGGGUGAUCCAUGUUCGGGGAGUCUUCUGUCGCGCGCCGCAGCAUCGUCUCUUCAGGUCCAUACCUCACAGGGGAAGAAAUCGCCUUCAUUACUGUCCACUUCUCCUCCCACGUCAAACCUGAGAUCUGAGCCGCGAUCCAGAGUUUUAAAACUUGGUUGAUCACACCUUCCUACGCCAGUGGUAUGAAGCCAAAAAAAACCGUCUCUAAGCACUUUGGCACCACGCUGGCCAAGGACGAGGUGCCAAAGAUCGGUCUUGAUUUCCACAGAGCUCGUCGCGCUCCUAGUCUCAGCGAGAAAUCAGGAACGAGCAAAGAUUGUAGGGCUGGAUGCCGGUACAUUGCAAUGAUAGCACUACGGACUAGGAUACCAAUUUGAUCCCAAUAUCUGGCCCGAGCAACCAUCAACCAGCGCUAUUCGCAACUUUACCAUAUCAGUAGUGAGGGAUAACACUACCCAAUUCCUGGUUUUCCAUCGAGACGUCCUCUUGCAAAACAGUCGGCACCUCUACCGCUCUCGACACGUCUUCGAGUUCUUCAGUCAGCAGCAUCUGGUUCUCCUUGUCGGCGCCAUUGUCGUGAAACUCAACCUCAGCUCGCUCAGAUCUCACGUCGUCCUUUUUGAUCGGCGAUGAAACCACAUGCCUCGCUGCUGGACUCCGCAUUACCUCCUCUAAAUCUGCGUCCCAAUAACUGGGCCGCCGUUUCUUCCUGCUCACAGAAGGUCCUGCCCCUUUUCGCCAGACUCUGACGUUGGGGCUCAGCUCCUUUAUGCCUCUUGCAGUGUCACAACUGGGUCUUGGAGCCGGCGCACCGAAAAGGCUCAUGCGCACAGCUGCCUGAGUCUCUUCGUCAACCUCAAUAACUUCUUCUCCUUCUUCCAGUUUCAAUUUUGGGUCAAUGGAGUAGUCCGUUGCUACUUGUUCAUCUUCAUGGAUCUCAUUUGUGAGUGUUUCUGCCUCUCUCGACCUCUUUUUCGGUUGUGAACGUUGCGCGGAAUCUACCGAGGAUCUUGGUGGACUACUUCUGAACUGCAGAUUGUCUGGCAAACGUGACCUCCUUGGCUGCAUGCGGCGCUGAGGAGGCCUUGACAGAUACGAAGGACCACCAUAGUGCUUACCGGCUCCACGAGCACUAGCAAGAGCAAUGAUGCCAUUCUUUCUGAACCGACUGGGUGGCUUCGCCAGAGGUGUGAGAGUGUCCGUCCUAUACGAGUCUCGAAUUCUGGAAUCAGGAGCGGGGUCUUGUCCAACGACUUUGGCAGCUGCUGUCGAGAAAGAGUACAUUGGUGGACCGGGCCUUGGUGAUGGGUGAGGGCUCUCCUUAGCAUAAUACCACCCGGGCUGGAAAUGCUCCGAGGCUGUGGCAAGAUACGCCCGGUUCAGGUGCUCAUGGUGAGGGGGUUGAGAUCGAGAUUGCGAAGAUUCCGUCGGAGGAUACCAUGCCUUGUGACCCAUCUCUCCGGGGGACCUUGCUGGUGAUCUGGCUCUCAUCAACGGCAUUGGACUGCCUGUCGCUGUGGCGCGGUUGAAAGGGAGGGGCGGGUACCCAAAUCCCGGAAGAACUCCGUGCUGUCGUCCGUGGCUCGCCUGGACAUUCGAACUUGGAUUGAUACCUUGAUGUCCUAGAACAUUGGGUGUCGCGGAUCUGAAAUGAGCAGCGGGAUCAGGGCAUAACACCG